GUCUUCCUUCUGCAUUUAUCAGUUGGAAUGCUACUGCAAGAAAGGGGUCCGCCGUUCCUGUCCUUUGAGGAGGACCCACGACAGCAGCCCCUGAAGCUGGCCAUACAGGAGGUUUCCAGUGUGGUUAGAUCAGCCGAGGAGAAGAUGGCGGUCUGUUACGCUGAGGGCCCAGCCAUUCAGUUCUUGGUCAGUGCAGGGCCUGCUCCCACUGUGGCUGCAGGACGCCAGCUGUACGACGUGCGACUCUCCCCAUUUCAUUUACAGCUGGAGUUCCACAUGAAAGAACAGAAAGAGGACCUCCAGGUUAGGUGGUCCUUCAUCAACGUGCCAGAAAUGGCCAUUCAGAUCCAGCCCAAAGCUCUGGGGGAGGACCAGGUGGUUGAGACAAGUACAGUGACUGAAACUCUCAAGGAUAUUUUGAUGCAUUUGGUUAGUGUUGCCUCCCCAUCCGUGGUUCUGAGUGCCAAGCCUGUGGAUGUAAAGGAAGCCCAGAGUCCACAGCGUGCUCCAUCUCCUGCUCAGGAACCCUGUCCUCCCAAACCCCCAAGGGCUCACGAACUCAAACUCCUGGUGAAGAACAUCUGCGCCUCGCUGUUCGAUGACCCUGGUGCUUCAGGCAACACUAACACAGUGUGCGUAGCUCAGCUGAACAAUCCUAUUCAGAGGUUUUCCAGCACCGUAGCGAAAAACACUACUGACCUCACAUGGGAAGAAGAAUUCACUUUUGAGUUGAAUGCCAAGUCGAAGGAGUUGCACCUGCAGAUUUCAGAGGUUGGACGACCCUCAGAAGGUCUGUUGGCCAUGACAACUGUUCCUUUAGAUUUAUUUAAGAAGCAGCCUUCUGGACCACAGAGUUUUCUGCUGACCAGUGGGCCCGCCUCCGGCAGCUCCGUGUUGGGUUCCAUCACAGCAGAGUUUUCUUAUAUAGAACCCAGUGAAUUGAAAUCCUGGCAAGUCCCUCCCCCUGUUGCUGCUACAAAGAUAGAAAAGGACCGCACGGUGAUGCCCUGUGGGACCGUGGUCACGACUGUCACUGCUGUGAAGACCAAGCCUCGCUUUGAUGUGGGGCGGGCAUCCCCACUGAGCUCUGAGUCUCCAGUGAAGACGCCCGUCAAAGUGAAAGUCAUCGAGAAGGACAUCUCUGUCCAAGCCAUCUCCUGCCGCAGUGCUCCCGUCAGCAAAACGCUGUCUUCUUCAGACACAGAAUUGCUGGUGUUGAACGGUUCAGAUCCUGUGGCUGAAGUCGCCAUUCGACAGCUCAGUGAAUCUUCAAAGCUGAAACUCAAGUCUCCCCGGAAGAAGAGCACCAUCAUCAUAUCAGGGAUCUCCAAGACCUCACUAUCUCAGGACCAUGAUGCUGCCCUGAUGCAGGACUAUGCUGCCUCCAUGGACAGCGCUCAUCAGGAGGAUGCCUCGUGCCAUCCAGAGACAUCUGCAGCCUCUGCCCCACCUGAGGAGAAUGAACCUGCCCAGGCCUCACCUGUCCUGGAGGCCCAGGAGAACGAGCUAGAUGCCUGGGACUUGGAGGAGUCGCAGGCCACAGCAUGGGGUGACCCAGCCCUGCUGGACCCCGACGGGGACGAGCUGUCGGAGAGCUCCCUGAGUGUUUCGGAGUCAGGCGCAGCCAAGAGGCAUAAAGGAGGAAUUCUAAGGAAAGGUGCGAAGCUGUUCUUCCGCCGGCGGCAUCAACAGAAAGACCCAGGCAUGAGCCAGUCACACAAUGACCUCGUGUUCCUGCAGCAGCCAGAGGGAGCCCGGAGGAAAGGGGUGACCCUCACCAGGAUCCUGAACAAGAAACUGCUCUCCAGGCACAGAAGCAAGAACGCUAUGAAUGGUGCCCCCGUGGAGCCCUGCACGUAGAGCCCACGGCUUGCACUGCCAAUCCGGAAGACAUGCACCGCACUGACUACCCUCACUGGGACAGAGCGCCAGCGUCAGCCUGCUGUCAGAUACCCCACUUAUCUAGCUGGGGUUUUUCCCCCCAACUAUCUAUUCUUUUAAAGGGAAAAAAGGUCUGAGUCUCCAGUCAGGAGGCUUCCCCCAAAGAGGACUGAGAAAGCCCAAUUUGCCACCAGAUGCCAAAUGAGACCCGAGAGCACCCCACUGCUGGGGCUGUGCUCAAGUCCAGGAGUCGGGGUUAGGUUUGAGGAGGAGAUCUGCAUCGUGAGUGAAAUAAUAUGCUCUCUGGACCCCGUGUGGGGGCAGGUUGAGGGACUCGGUUUUACCCAUUCUUCACUCUAGCAAGUGGUAUUUGGGGUCCAUGCUCGGACCAUGUCACAAAGAGGAGGUCCCCUCUGUGCUGUCAUUUGUGAAUGGAAUGGAUGGGUCACCUCUCCUCCUUUGCUGCUUAGGAUAAAAAAGUGCAACUGGCCCUGAGCACAUGGAGGUGGGACACGGGCAGGUCCUUUGAGAGAGAAAUUAUGAUAGGAAUGGAAAUGCUAUGACAGAUAUAGAAGACGUUGGCCUUUGAUAUUAGCCAUAGAUCUUGAACACUUAUGCAGACACUAAGUACAUCCUAUGCAUAUGAUGCUGGACACUUUACUAAGUUCACCUUGACCUACUCGCAAGUGGAACAUAUAUACAUUCUUAUGUGGUUUUUUAAAUUUUUCUCUAUCACAUCAAAAGCUCGAAUGAGACCAGUGGAACAGUGGGCACCUAGAUUUUUUUUUUCUGGACUGUCAUACUUGCUAAACAAGAGCACAGCAAGCCUGUCAAAAGAAGUUAGGAACAAAGCGUAACACUGCUCAUAGAACAUGGUGACCACACGCAUACACGGUUUUUGCCAAAUACCGCCUGUAGCCACAACAAAGAACCUACAGGGCAGUAGAGGAAAUUGUUUUGUGUCUCAGGUGUUGGUCUUAGGGAUGGAAGUUUCUUAACAAAUGGGCCAAACUUGCAUGAAAUUCCUUCUAUGAGCUCUCAGAAUGUUAUUGCAAACAGUGCUCUGGGGCACAUUGUGGGGUGCCCCCAUUCUGAAUUCCAGUGGAAAAAAUGACAAAAGUGGCCCACAGUUUUAAUAUUCCUGUGUAUCUUUCCACCCAUAUUCCUCAUUAGUCACCUUUCUAUUUUGGUUCAUUCACAAUUUUCACCCUC